GCGUGCUUGUGUGCGCGCGUAUGUAUGCGUGACAUUUUGUGUGUGGCCGUGGCCGGGCUUCUGAGCGUGGAGGGGCCUGAGGCUGGUGAGGCCUGUGCUCCGCUCCCGGGGCGGGGAUUGCGCAGGGUGAUUGCCGUGCUCGGGAGAGCGGACUUGGGUUCCUUGCAUCCCGUCCUGAAGGCGGGUCAGGUGAAGGAGGCUGAGUAACUGUCAGACACGUACUCUGCGGGGACUUUAGUCGGAAGGGUGCAGCUGAUCCUAUGAUGGUACAGGCAAUAAAGAAUGCUGACAGCAGAACCAUUUUUUUAAUUGCCAAUUGUCAAGUUGAUUGCCAUGAUGGAUGAUCAGCAGGCUUUGAACUCCAUCAUGCAUGAUUUGGCUGUCCUUCACAAGGCCAGUAGACCAGCAUUAUCCUUACAGGAAACCAGAAAAACAAAAUCUUCAUCGCCAAAAAAAACAGAAUGAUGUCCGUGUCAAAUUUGAACAUAGAGGAGAAAAAAGAAUCCUUCAGUUCCCCAGACCGGUUAAACUAGAAGAUCUGAAGUCUAAAGCGAAAGUUGCCUUUGGACAGUCUAUGGAUCUACAUUAUACCAAUAAUGAGCUGGUGAUUCCAUUAACUACUCAAGAUGACUUGGACAGAGCUGUGGAACUCUUGGAUCGUAGUAUUCAUAUGAAGAGCCUAAAGAUAUUACUUGUAAUAAAUGGAAGUACACAGGCUACUAACUUAGAGCCCUUGCCAUCACUAGAAGAUUUGGAUAACACAGUUUUUGGAGGAGAGAGGAAAAAGCGGCUUUCUAUAAUAGGUCCCACUAAUAGAGAUAGAAGUUCCCCUCCCCCAGGAUACAUUCCAGAUGAAUUACACCAGGUUGCCCGGAAUGGAUCUUUCACUAGCAUCAACAGUGAAGGAGAGUUCAUUCCAGAGAGCAUGGACCAAAUGCUGGAUCCAUUAUCUUUAAGUAGCCCUGAAAAUUCUGGCUCAGGAAGUUGUCCAUCACUUGACAGUCCUUUAGAUGGAGAGAGCUAUCCAAAAUCACGAAUGCCUAGGGCACAGAGCUACCCAGAUAAUCAUCAGGACUUUUCAGACUAUGAUAACCCUAUCUUUGAGAAAUUUGGGAAGGGAGGAACAUAUCCAAGAAGGUAUCAUGUUUCAUAUCAUCAUCAAGAAUAUAAUGAUGGUCGCAAAACUUUUCCAAGAGCUAGAAGGACCCAGGGGACUAGCUUUCGGUCUCCUGUGAGUUUUAGUCCCACCGAUCACUCCUUAAGCACUAGUAGUGGGAGCAGCAUCUUCACUCCAGAAUACGAUGAGAGUCGGAUAAGAAGGAGGGGAAGUGAUAUAGACAAUCCUACACUGACUGUGAUGGAUAUCAGCCCGCCCAGCCGAUCACCUCGUGCUCCAACCAACUGGAGAUUGGGCAAACUGCUUGGCCAAGGAGCCUUUGGCAGAGUUUACCUCUGUUACGAUGUUGAUACAGGAAGAGAACUGGCUGUUAAGCAAGUCCAGUUUGAUCCUGAUAGCCCUGAGACCAGCAAGGAAGUAAAUGCACUUGAAUGUGAAAUUCAGUUGUUGAAAAACUUACUGCAUGAGCGAAUUGUUCAGUAUUAUGGCUGUUUGAGGGAUCCCCAGGAAAAGACACUUUCAAUAUUUAUGGAAUAUAUGCCAGGGGGCUCAAUCAAGGACCAAUUAAAAGCAUAUGGAGCUCUUACUGAGAAUGUGACUAGGAAAUACACACGUCAGAUUCUGGAGGGUGUCCAUUAUUUGCAUAGUAAUAUGAUUGUCCAUAGAGAUAUUAAAGGUGCAAAUAUCCUACGAGACUCAACAGGCAAUGUUAAACUAGGAGAUUUUGGGGCCAGCAAACGUCUUCAGACCAUCUGCCUCUCGGGAACAGGAAUGAAGUCCGUCACAGGAACACCAUACUGGAUGAGCCCCGAAGUCAUAAGUGGAGAAGGCUAUGGCAGAAAAGCAGAUAUCUGGAGCGUAGCUUGUACUGUAGUAGAAAUGCUAACUGAGAAACCUCCAUGGGCUGAAUUUGAAGCAAUGGCUGCCAUCUUCAAGAUUGCCACUCAGCCAACCAACCCAAAGCUGCCACCUCAUGUCUCAGACUAUACUCGAGACUUUCUCAAACGAAUUUUUGUAGAGGCCAAGCUGAGACCUUCAGCAGAUGAACUCUUAAGGCACAUGUUCGUGCAUUAUCACUAGGAGCUGGUGACCUGUCCUGUGCCUCCACCCAGCUCCCAUCUGUUUGUUCACCUCUCUCUCACUGCACUUUUCUUUUUUAUGAAAAAGAGAGAUGGGGGAGGAAAAAGACAAGAGGGAAAGUAUUUCUCUUGAUUCUUGGUUAAAUUUGUUUAAUAAUAAUAGUGAUGUAAAUUUUUUAUAUUUAAUCUUUUUUUCCCCUCACAAGAACUUGAAACUUCUUUUUUAAAAAAUUUUUAUAAUGUGCUGAUGUGGUUAAGAGAGAUAAAGCACUUUAGUACAUAGUCACUCUUUGUAGUAUAAACAAAUCAUUUGGAAUACCUAAAAAUUAUAGAGUGUUCCCCAGUAUCACAAAUUGGUGGUGAUGGGGAGGUGUGGAAGAGGAGGAGAAAAAAUAAUGUACAAUUUGUAGUUUUUAGUGAUAGUAUUUAAAAUAGUUCCUCAUUUGUGGAGUUGAGCCCUAAACUUAAAUUUAGGGUAGGUACUCAACCUAAAGAAUACAGGAUCCUUGUUACCUGUAUUCUUUAGAUCUUAACCUCUGUCUACCAAGCUUUUUGCUCAGUAGGAUUCUGGGUAGAAGAUACAGAUUUCUAAGAGGUAUGUUUAUUGUUAAUCUUAACCAUAUAGUAAGCAAAUACACAAUAAUAGAUCCAUGUUACUGGAAUCUGUUAACCUGAGGGAUGGCUUUCUGCUUAAAUUUAAAAAGGGUAAAAUUUAUUUUAAAGCAGAUAAGGGAACUUAAUGAAUAAGUCCACCUAAAAGGCACAAUUAGUCUCAUAAAGUGUCUGAAUAGAAAAGACCACUUUUUCCAGUAAACAAACGUAAUGAAAAAAAGAAUUAGGUGUUGAUUAGUAUAUUUUAAACUGUUCUUUACUUUAGGGGAGAAUGUCUCAAAAUUAAGGAAAUUGAGAAAUAAUAAAAAUCAUGUAUACUAUUUUCCUAUUUCUAGCUCCUGAUUUUCCAUAGGUAACAGCAUUUAGGAAUUAGAAUUCAGCCUGCUAGAAUGUUAAAGCUAGUGGCAUGAUAUGAAGCUCUUGUUCUUGGAACCACAGAAUUCUAAAGCACUUCAAGAAAUACAGUGUGUAAAACAAUAAGAUAGGAGUGGUUUUUUUUUUUUUUUUUUUCAUGUGUCAUUUGGCAAUGCCUGGAGACAUUUUUAUUUGUCACAACUGGAAGGUACUAUGGCAUCUAGUGGGUAGAGGCCAGUGGUGUUGCUGAGUAGCCUACAGUGUAUGAGAACAGCAUUCCUACCCCCAAGAAUUGUCUUGUCCCAAAUGGGAAAACCAUUGAAGUUGAGAAAUCUUAUGUAAAAGCUAGUCCCUACUGCAAACUGAAAAUGGCCAUUUACAAACCAGUAAAUGCAGAAAACCAAAUUUUAAAAAGAAAGGCUAUAUCACAGAAUGAGGACUUUAUUAAGAGCAGGUACCAUUACUUUCAGAUCAUGGGUGAAAGAUCUCAACAAACAGUAUGUAGCAAUCACUUCUUUUCUAUCUCCUUAUAACACCCAAAUCAAUAAUUCUUCCAUUUUAGAAACAAAAUGAAUUUGAAUACUGAGCCUUUUGAACUCAGUAUUGGUAUAUAUUCUUUAGUUGAAACUCAACUCAUAAUUGUAAGCAAAGAAAAACAUAUCAGAACAAAAUGUUCACUACCAACAGGAAGGCUAAAAUUGUUGGAUUUCUGUGUAAGGUAUCAACUGAGGGCAGAAGCAGCUGAGAAAGAUCCUGUCGUAUCGCAUAGCAUCAUACUACUGAAAAAGUCUAGAAAAUAGUUUUCUGGAGGGCCCUAAAUGUGAUGCCUUUUAAAUGAUUCGUAAGGGACUAUUUUCUGUGCAAGGUAUGCUCUCUUAUAGACAUUUAAAAUACUUUGUUUUGAAGUUAAGUAGUCUUAGUUUAUCCUGUAAGGUCCCAUCUGGCCUUCCUUGUAGGAAUAUUUGAAAUUCCACUAGCUAGUUUGAGAAGCUAAAGCACAAAAUUAAUCAUCAAUACUUGUCCCAUUUUCUGAGUAUCAAAGGAAGCAGCUUGCAAAGAAGAACAGUAAUUAGGUGCUUCCUCUCACUAAAUCAACUGCCUAAUCAUGCUGGAAACAUAAUCCCCAAGUGUGUGGAUCUGUUAUACUUUCUUUAUCUUUUAUGGGUGAGAACAUCUUUCUACUUGAACAGAAUUACAGUGUCUGGACCAGUGUGCUUUUCUUUUGUUUCUUUGUCUUGCGUGAUUGUGAUUUCCCUUUAGCUCAUUUUUGGUCUGUCAGGGUAACCGGCAGUGCAGAGAAGGCAAAAAUGCUCUCUAGAGAGAAGCCUGAGGAGACUUGUGGAACUCAAAGCAAAAUUGUUUGUUUUUGUCAGUCUCCUUUUCUGAGUGGUAUAGAAAAUUAAAGUACCUGAAAAGAAACUGCUACUUUAUAACUGCUGCAGAAGACAUUUGCUUUAUAAAAAAAUAUUAUUUGCUAUGGGAAAGUAAUGUUUUCUAUGUAAAGACUUAAAAGUAGACUAAUAGUUUAUAGAGUUAUAUAGAAUAUGGUGUGAAUUUAUUUCAAACAAGUUGUGAAGGUACCAAAAACCACAAUAAAAGUUGGUAUAUAAAGAUAGUACAAGAACUAAAAAGCUUGAAGUAUGGGGUGGUGAUAUGGAAGACCAAAAGAACACUUUAAAAACAAGAAAUUGUUGUAAGGAAAUACCUUUAUCAGGGGAAAUUAAAUAUUACACUUCCAUUUUCCUCUUUCUAAUCAAUAGUAUGGAUUAACAAACCAUUUGAAUUUUUUAAGAUGACUAAUAUAUUUUGGUUUUUAAAUGCACAGCUGACCCUUUUGUACUGUAAUGUUUCUUUGCUGAGGCUGGAGAAUGGCCAGACUGCUGACUUUGUGCCUUUAAAAUGCAUUCUGCUUUGCAUUCUGCUUUUGGUGCUGGAGAAGAUUCACUAGCAGUCUCAUGUGCUUUUCAGGAAGUAUCUUUCUACUUAGGUCUUGAGAGAUUCAAAGUGACAUGGUAGGUUUGGGCCAAAUGUAAGAUCUUUGACAUUGUGAAGUAUAUUAAAUAAAAGGAUUGAAAAAUAUAGUGGAAAUUUUGAUGGGUUGGUAGUUAUUUAAAAUAUAUAUAAAGGUAGACAGACUUUAAAAAACCCUGAAAUUUUUCAGUACUUUUCCUUGUUUAUAAAACAUUUUUUAACUUAAAAAAUCACUAGGACUAUUGCCUUAAAAAAUUUUAAAGGUACAGUCACCCUUAUGUGAUGUAAGAGAUUGAAUAUUGAGGCACAAAUUAAAACUCUGAUUUCAGAAUAAGUUGAAUUGGCUUUCAUUUGAAAGUCUUUACCUGAUUCCCAACAGAAACUACAUAAAAAGAGUGAAAAUACUUCUUUAGAAUAGCUUUCUGCUCUUCUGGCUCUGACACAGGUCAGGUUAGAUAUGUAGUAUUUCUGAGAUGGAAGUUGUAAGAUACGUGAAAUCAUGAAGAAAAUAAAUCAAAUCUGAAUUAUUUAACAGUAUGGCUAAGCCAAAUUAAGACUUCUUGGCCGACAGCAGCUUGUUGCACCAACAGUUUUAUUUGGGGGUCUAGAAACCAGUCCUUGAUAAAAUCAUGUGGUAUCAAUCACAUCUACAAGUCUCUUUGUUUCUUGAAAAUAGGGUUUCUCUUCUUCAUUUGCUUUUCGGUAAUUGUGACCUACUGUGUCAAGUGUGAAAUUCACAUCCUUGGAGAGGUCACAGUCCAGGAGGAAUAUGGGCGAACAGUUACUUUAUGGCAGGCCCUAAAUCAGAAAGUUCAGCAAUGAUUUUCUAAAAUGUUACAGUUUUUUUUUUUUUAAUGAAGUAAGGGGAAUGACAUUUUGGCUGUUACAAACCAAAAUGUCAAUAAAAGGAGGUAUAGUAAAAGUAUCCCCAAAUUUAGGGGGAACCCCUAUGAUGAGACAGCCUCUUUCUUCUCAGGACCUCUCUUAUUACAAACCACAGCCUCUAUUCAAACAGUCCCAGGGAUAGCAAAUAUUUAUUCCAUAGUACUACCACCCCAGCAGUCUUUUAAAGAAAAAAAUUUUCUUUUGGUCUAAAUUGUGAAAAAAAAAAAACCUCAAAAACAUUUAGUAGAAAUCAAACUCUGUCAACAGUGUUAUUUAAGCUAAGCAUAGGACUGUUUCUUAAGACCAUAUUGUUUAUCUUUAAGUUUUGUGGUCACUUUAUUUAUUUGAAUUUAAGAUUGGUCAAAUGGUAACAUAAAGCAGUUUAAUUGUUGGUUUUUAGUAGUGCCUUUUUCUCUGUAUGCCUUACUUUUAUUUUAUAUUACUAAUUCAAGUUACCCACCAAAAUGAAGAUCCCCCCCCCUCCAAAUCAAUUAGGCUUCAAGAGUUUAGACCACGUGUUGGCCCCAAUGUUUCUUAAUGGCUGCUUCCUCCUCCUGCCCUUUUCUACCUCUUUUUUUUUUUUUUUUUCAAUAUUAGUAAAGAAACAUUAGUGUUUGGGAUACUAGAUUCUCUACUAGUCUUAAAUAAGCAUAGAAAGAGUUAUUCAAAAUAGGCAUAGUAAAUUAUUUUCUGGGUUGAUUACUUGACUUUCAAUCACAUUGGCAUCCUCCAGGUUCUUUGUAUAUCCUGGUUCAGUUGGGAUAUUCAUACUAGAGCUAGAGUAGUUAAUUUUGCCUAAAGAGACAGUAAAUUCUCAUCCUUAGUGCUUAACAUUUUGACUCUAGCUUUUCUGUGAUGUGUGUGGUGAUAGUGGUGGGGUGUGUGUGUGUGUGUGUGUGUGUGUGUGUGUGUGGUGUUUGAAGUUGAGUGAGAGAAAAAGGAAAGAAGAGGGAGAUAGGAAGGAAGGAAAGAGAGGAAAAACGUACGAAUAUUCAGUUAGAUCAAUCCCUGUUCUGAGAAGAAUAACACGAAAAUGCAUGACCUACUGACCAUUAAUGAAAGUAAUCAUCCUCUAGUGAGAAUGCCAGUAUGUUUUCCUGAGUAACUCGUGUAAAUGAUUUUUAUUAAGGGUACUUAUUGUAAAUUGCUAAGCUUUUGGUUGCUAAAAGUAGACUAAAAUCCAAUUUGUGUAUGUGUAUUAUAAUGAGCUUAUAUAAAAUUCUUAAAUAGAAAGUAAUUGAUCUUACAUAGUUCUUCAUGAACUCUUUGGAAUAGAAGUCCUGCCAGACAUUAUCUAAACAAGCUUCCUUAGCUUACCAAGUAUUCUAAAGGAAUUCUCUUAUACCUCUUUUUGGUUGGCUAGGGAAUGUGUGCUGUGAAAACACUGUUCCUACUUCAUAGUUCUCUUUAGCUUUGCUUGGACUUCUGCCAUGGCCUGGAUAGGAUGCCAUAAUAGGUCUGGGAAGUAUCAGGGUCACCCAUCUCUCUUUGUUCUCACUUUUGGGAGGUGUAGAUUCUAAUAAGCUCUCAGGGGAGCCUAGAGAUUCUUUACUUGGUCAGAGUGGCAGUGGUCAGGGUUGACCAUGGAGGUGGGGGAGGAGUCAUAGCUCUAGUAAAGAAUAAAUUGUAUCUGUUGCCUAUAUACAGAAUCAUAUAAUUCUUUCAUGUUUUUCAUAAUUGUGCAUUGACAGUCAUAUAGUAUUUUUGUUAAUAACAAAGGCUGUCAGUGAAAACUGUUAUUCUCUCUGCUUAAUGACUUACUUGUAUCACAGUCUGUGUUAUCAGAAUCACUUUAAACCAAAGCUUUUAUAUUUCUUGCACACAUAGCCAAAAUGAUUAGUCCUGUUACAUCUGACCACUUGUAAGCUAAUAGCAUAAAAAUGGUAAAAGCAGGUACCAGUAGAAUGUGAUCCCAGUCUAUCCUUCAAGGAAAGGAACAGGUGCUCAGUGUUUGCAUUUAGAUAUGCAGAAUUUACUUCACAUAUAAAGGAACUAUAUUGAUACUACAUAUAUUGAUACUACAUACUUAAUUAACUCAUACUUGUGCCAAUCUUAUUAAUGUCACUUGACCAUAGAUGCAUGUGGAUAUGUGGUCAUGUCUGAUGCUCAGGUUGGUGGCAUAUUUUCUCCCUAGUGUCUUAACGUGUGAACUUGUGUUUGACUUGAGGAGCAUUUCAGGAAAGCUUUGAAGAAGAGGAGGUUAUGGACUGAUACCUGUUUUGUGCCAUAGACACUUUGGAACACAAGGAAGCAACUGUCUUUAGCAUAUGUGCAGAAUUGUCCCCAAAUAAGGAUUUCUGAAUCUCUUAAUGCCAGUUGGGAAGAGUAAAGUUUAUGACUAUCCUGAAAAGCACUUUUUGAGUUCACUUACCUAAUAUAUUUUAGAACUUUUAAAAAACUAUAUGUAACCAGUGAUGAUUUUGGCAUUAAUAUUACUUGAUGGGAGAGAUGAGUAACUAAAUUAGAUGUUAAUCUCUAUCAGAUACUUAGAUUCCAGAAUGGAUUUGACAUAUUCUCAUUUUUCCAAAGAAUUUUUUCCACCUGGAAAUAAGAGAGGAUUAGUGGAAGCAUUUGAGUUGGGCAAAAGAAAGUGGGUCAGACCCUUGCAAUACACAUUUUUGAUUAAUAGAACAGUGUCUAGGUACAAGACUUCUUUAAACAACCUAUCAUUUUAAUACAAUCUUAAUUAGUAAAAGGUUUACAUAUUUUCUAUUGCUGUUGGUUUUUAAAUUUGCUACCCUGCAUUCUGAAAUAUUAUAAAACUUAAUAUGAAAAAUACUUUUAAUGUCUGCCACUCUUACAUUUCACAUGGUUCUUUUUAUUUAUUGUAAAUAAAACUUGGAUAAAUUUGAAAGUAAACUUUUAAUUGCAAACUGCGAUUAUCAAUUUGUAAAUUUAUCUUUGACUUAAUGUACAUUUUUAAAUGUAGCCACUAAGUUCUCUGUAUGUAACCUAUUGAUUUUUCUCAGUAAACAUUUUUAAUCUCAUUUGAGUGCUGGCAGUUUAUAAUUAUCUGCAAAGGUUUUUUUGUUUCCUAACAAGUUUGACUUUUUUGCACAUUUUUGAAAACGUUUAAUUUGUACACUGAUUUAUUACUCUGACCAAUAAUUGUUUAGUGUAUGAGCAUCGUGAAUGCGUGCAUCAAACUACUGUCUGUGUCUCUUGUUUUAAUUUCAAGACGUAGCCAUCAGUUACUAGACUGCUAUGACUAACUUAGGUGGACCUUGCUUUUACAAAGUAUACGUAUCUAUGGUUCUGUCUUUGUUGAAGAACUCAGGAGUUCAACAUUACUUUCUAAUUUUAUAAUGUAUUCUAAAGUCCAUUACUGAGUUGAAAGUAUGCUUUGUAACUCUGUGUAUCAGGGGAUGUGUGUUUGUGUGAAGAUGUCUUUUUCUGUUUGUAGGCACAUAUAUGUGUGUGUAUAUAUAUAUAUCCCUGUAAUUUCUUACUUUCUUUUCAUUUCUACAUUUUUAUGAACUUGUUUUAUAAGGGUACUAUGUAGUUAGGAUAAAUAUAUAUAAAAGCUUUCUGAGAGUUUAUUUACUAUAUGAAUAUAUUUUCAGCUGGCUGAUCAAAAAUAUUUUUUUAAUUUUGUUGUAACCAUUUAAGAUGUAUUUGUAUUUCCAGAUUUGGACACAAGUUGUACUUAGAACUUGGUUAAAAUACUCUUGAAAGAAAGUCAUGGAAUUCUCUUUUGACAAUUCUAUGAAAUGCAAGUUAGAAAAAAAAAGGCUUUAAGAAGUAGCAGAAACACAUAGGCUUUUCAAUUCUCAGAGCUGUGAAAAAAAAAGGUGAGAAACUAAAUUGCUUUUAUGUUAAGAUACUUACAUUUCCAGUUGGUAUAAGCUUGUCCUACUGUUGUUUUUAAAUUUUCCUUUAUUCCAAAAGAUUUCAACUUCCAGUUUUUUCUUUACUGAGCAAGGUCAGACUGGGCUUAUAAAACAGUAAAUACUUUGGCAUAUGUGAUUCUUUAUAAUGGAGUAUGAAUUGGUUUAGAAAUGUCUAGACCCUACUGUUGUGUCUGUUAUACUGUAAUAUGUGUUUUAAGGAACUGGCAGAAAAAGAAUUGGAAAUUAGAUUUCCAAUCGGACAGUGUUACUAUAUUCAAAGGAAACUUUGUUUUUAAUAUGCAGUGCCACGUAAAAUUUCUUGUGUUAGGAAUAAAGUCCACUGUUAAAGUUGAAUGUCACUUGUUAAAAGGAACCAGUGUGAUUAGAACCUACCAGAAGCCAGAUACAGUGUGGUAUGUGCCACAUUUCAUGCACAUUUUGAGUUUGCGUUCAUGCAAAAUUAUGCUUGUAAAAAUGUACAAAAUUCUUGAGUUUUAUAAUUUCUAUGUACUUUUUUGGUGUUAAAUAGCUUUUUAAAAAAUCUAAUAUAAAAAGAAACCAUGUUUAUAUUUUGUUAGUGAUCAAUGACUUUGUUUAUAUGGAAAUUUGUAUAUUGUUGGCACUCAUCUUUUGUUUAGAUUUAUCAUGCAUGAAGGCUUGCAAUAAUUAGCACAAUGAAAGUUGCUUUUUCUUACAUGUUCAUUGUUUUAUUUUUUGAAAGAUUGUGGUACAAAGGCUUACUCUCAGUAACCUUCUGGACUAUGGAAUGAAUAUAAAUGAAUGGCACUUUGAGUGUUAAUAAAGCUGAUAUUUAUUUCCACUGUGA